AUGGCUCUAUUGGGAACACAAAUUUACAAUGAUCGUGAUUUAUUAAAAUUUCAAAAUUAUGACGAUUAUUUGGAUUCAUUAGUGACUGAUGAUGAUUAUUUUUAUUUAAAAAACAAAAAAAUUGCACGUGAAAUAGUGAAACUUGGUUAUCGUAGUAAACAAGAAACUCUAUCAAAAUUGACAUUUAACAAACGUCAAGAAAUUGUUCAUAAUUUAGAAUAUCCAAUUUAUAAGCCUUACAUUUUGUAUUCGGAAUUAAUAACACCCAUUAAUUUCCUUCAAAUGGAAUUGGCUAUUCGCGAGAGGGAAAAUCGCCUCGGGCAUAUAUCGACAAUAAUAUUUCUCCGCUACUAUAUUAAAUCACAAAUCGAAAUUUCCGGUUACAUUGAUUACGCAUAUCGUUUGGAAAUUGAAAAUUGGUUAUCAUUUUUUCAUGGUGAAAAAAAAUUACAAAUUAAUCACAAUGAUUUAGGUUAUUAUCAUGGUAAAAGAAGAAAAACAAUUUUAAAUAAAACGAAAAAUUAUCAGCCAAUUAUUGAUAGGAGAAAAAAGUUUUAUUUUAAAAAUAUUCACGAUCGUCAUUUUAUUUAUAUUAAUCCAAAUAUUUCAUUUCCCGGAAUUGGAACAUAUCGAAAAAUAAUUCAUAGCCAAGGAUAUGAGGAUAUUAUUUUGUAUGAUCAUAUUCUUCGCAAGAAAUUGUAAUUGCAGAAUCUUUUGGUAUUAAAUUUAAUGAUUAUUAAAUUGAAAUUUUAAAAAAUUAACUGUAAUUUAAUUAAUAAACUCUAAUAAUAAAAUUUUUUAAUUAAUUAAAGUUUCCUUUUUAACGGAGAAAAUUGU